CGUGACCCGAGCCGGCGAUCAAGGAGAGGCGGCGGGCUGCUCGAUCCACCAGAAGACCCGGACUUGAGAAGCGGGUUAAAUGGAAGCCCACAAAGGGGUGCCGAUUUGGUCGAGUCCGGUCUGCGGCUUCUACCUGAGCGAGCAAGUCUGAGCAGGAGCGCGAGUGACAAAGAGGGGCACUUCUUGGGCUCGGGCUGAAGUUAUUCGAAACUUCCUUAUUGGCCAUCAGAGAUACGAUAAAGCAGAACAGAACAUUGACUGUCCACACCAGAAGGAGACGAGGACGAGGAGGAGGAGGAGGAGGAGGAGAGGCGAGGCGAGCCGGGAGCAGAAAAACUGUGGAAACUGAAGUGGCAUGAAAAAAUGGAAGAAAUGGCAACAACAUCGAGAAGCCAUUUUGAAAAAUGAUGAUCCUUCCAUUGAAGACUCUCUUACUCAUCGUCAUCAUGAAGUUGUCUUAUGUCGCACUUGCCGUUCUUCCAGCCCCGGUGAAGGUGUCCAUUGACUCCCGAAAUUUAGAGCACAUCCUGCGGUGGAAACCUGGAAGAAACACCCCGGAGAGAACGCAGUACCGAGUUCAGUGGUCCAAUUUUGAUAAAUGGUGGUCUGUCGAGUCCUGCAGCAGGAUUACUGAGCCCACAGUGUGCAAUCUAACGGAGACCUUCAGCGACAUUUACAUGUACUACAAGGCCCGGGUUCAAGCUUACAGGAAGAACAACACCAGGUCCUCCUGGACAGUGACCAGCAGCGACUUCCAGCCCUUUGCUAAAACCAUCCUGGGCCCACCUGAAGUGACUCUGAGCAGCCAUGAAGACCACCUCAUCGUAGACAUGAGGCCACCCAGCGCCAUUGAAAACAUGUAUCCUGUCAUCACCUAUAAGAUAACCGUCAACGAGAGCAGCAAAGACGAGGUGGCCACACAUGAAACGACACAAAAUCGCUACAUUAUGACAAAUUUAACCCCUGGCAAAACCUACUGCAUCAUGGUGCGCAUGUCUGUCAAUUCCAACAGUAACGCGGUGCCCUCCCGAUGGCAGUGCCAGUCCUCCAGCUCACCAGAUGUCUUUAACGUGACCGUCCUCCUGUCCUUCCUGUGCGUUGCUCUCCUUUGCACCGGCUUUGUGCUGGCGGCCCUGGCCUACAGUGGAUUUCUGUGCAAACCGAGGGACCCUCUUCCUGACGUGCUGGUGUCUUUUGCUGCUCGACCUACUCAAGUGUGUUUACUGCUGGAGAAUGAAGACUUGUCCCCUGUCUGCUUUCUGUGGGGACGUGAUGCUUGUGGUGAGAAGCACAUGAAUGACAGCCAUGAUGAGGACACAGACGGCGAGGACGAGGGGGGCUAUGAGGUCCAUGCUUUCAGGACGUGCGACUCCGAAGGCUCCCAUUCAAACAGCUUUGUGACCAUCGGGGCGGUGGACUAUGACAAAGGGGCUGGAGUGUCGCCCUGGCCGUGCCUCACAUCACUUUCAGCAGGUGGCUCGGUGGAGCAGGUGGAGGACCUGGCAGCAGAGGAGACCGAAAUCACACAGGUGGAGGGAGAAUCUGAAGAGAAGGAAGAAACACAAGAAGAUGUCCCCUUGUUUUCAGUGAUGCUGAUGGACCUCAGCCAGCCCCUCAUUGUCACUCCUGUGUGGGACACUCGGCCACAGGACAAUGAGCAGCAGCCUCUUCUAGUUCAAACUCUUACUGAGCGUCCAUAUGUGGGGACAUACGAGCAAAGAAAGUGGACUAAAGAUGGCAAGCGCUGGGACUCAUCGUCAGAUGAGGAUGAGGACGAGGACCUUGAACCUUCAGGUUACAUGAGCCGUUAAGGGGAUGUCCAGUAUCUGGACAGACUUUGUGUUUCAGACUUCGGGGUGAAUCGGUGCCAUCAGUGUGCCAGGACUGUGUUUGUUUGUGUGUGUGUUUGCUGGUCUUGUGCCCAUCUAUACCACCCAUCAGCCAAUCUGUCAGCCUUCAUUAUGUCUGAGAACUAAACGUGCAGCCAUCUUUUGAGCAGAAGGACGGCCUCCACAAAUGCAUUGUCACCUUUGAAUGAGAGCUGCCUCUCCUUGUUUUAUAUACUGUGUGGACUGCAGGGGGCUCUCAAGAGCAGACCCUGAAACCAAAAGACAGAGGCGGGAGAUAAAGUAGCCCAACAGAAAGGCAGCUUUAAUAAAGAAAGAGAAGACAAUUACAUUAAGUGAUGAUGAGGUAGGAGGAGAGGAAUAUUAACAUCUACCACAAGCUGCGAGGUAAUCCCACCCCUUAGUCUCCUACUGUACCCUCGCUGUGGACCACCACUCACCACCAGACUGACCUUCCUUCAUGCCAGUCAGUUGACCUCAUGCCAGCUUCUACAUCCUAACAACAAGGGGAUGGAAGGCCUUUUACGGUGGAGCCAAAGCCCCCUGAACGACUUCCAGUCCAGUAUCAUGCUGUUAGGCUGACGGACCACCCCACACGUGACUAUAAUGACUCUUAAUAUGGGGGAAUUAGUAAGGCUGUGUGCGAGUUGGGUGGUCCACUGGAGCUACUUCUGGGGGUCUUGGAUUACCUCACAAAUCCCUGCUGCAGUUCUAUUGGUGAAGCUCCCUCUAGUGGUACCAAGUGUUUCUGCACAUAGACAUAAUCUGGUGAGGUCCAGACUGCUUGAACACACCAGUAGCCGUGUGAGGUUAGUAUAUACUGCCCCUAGUGGCUGGAGGAUCUUAAAACGUGUUAGCUGGAUUCCUGCUACUUCAUUACAGUCCUGGCCCCUCAUAGUGCCCCCUGUUGGUCAUGACAUGACAGGUGCUAGUGCCUAUAUGCUGUAUAUAUAGCAUAUCCUUCACAAGUGCCAUUACCAACAUCUACUGGUGCACAGCCCCAGUGUCACAGGGGCAUCAAAGGGGGUGUCACCCCCUCACUUUUGACUUUCGAAAGCUAAUUUGCACCCAUGUGAAUUAAGUGCAGUGUCAGCGCUUCUCAUCCAGUUCCACACACUCGGAUUCCAUUCCUGUAUUUAAAUUCGUCAAGAAGGUAUAAAGAGAGCCGUUUUCAUGGCCGUGGAAGCCU